AUGUUGACAGGCCAUCGUAAUUUGUGUAAAGAACAACUUCGGCUAAGUAGAGAAGUAUUUAUAAGUCUUGCUAAUAUCCUUAGAGAACAACAACUCUUAGUAGCUGGUAGAUAUAUAAGCAUUGAAGAGCAACUUGGGUUAGGUUUGUACAUGCUAGCUAAACCUGCUUCUGUUCGUGAUGCUGCUGAAAGAUUUCAACACUCAACAUCAACUAUUUCGAAAUAUUUCAAAAAGGUAUUACAAGCAUUGGAAGCAUUGUCGAGUCAAAUAAUUCGACCAUAUCAAAGUAUGUAUGAGACACCUCCAGAAAUACAAAGCAACAUCAAAUACUGGCCUUUCUUUAAGGAUUGUGUUGGUGCCAUAGAUGGUACCCUUAUACAAUCAGUUGUUGCAGAUGAUGUAGGCAGGGCUUUUAGAGAUCGUCACGGGGAGAAAACAUGGAAUGUGAUGGCUGUGUGUUCACUCAACAUGUUGGUUACUCACAUCAAUGUGGGCUACGAAGGGAGUGCACAUGAUACAACUGUAUGGAGGCGAAGCUUAGGAGAUGCCAGAAUGGGAUUCCCUCAUCCACCAUCUGGAAAAUACUAUGUAGUCGAUUCAGCGUAUCCUAAUACACUCGGGUACUUGAGUCCAUAUCUAGUACCUGGGUUGAGGUACCAUUUGCCUGACUUCAGAAGAGGGACUCCACCACAGGAAUGUAUGAGCAAUUCAAUUACCGACAUUCUUCUUGUCGAAAUGUAA